CUAUUUAAACUGUCAGAUUGAACAAAUCAGUUCACUUUUUGCGUUUUAACGUGUUGAAUUAGCAUAUUAGAUUAGCAAGCUGCGAAUAUGUUAAGGUCUCUAAAAUCGGCCGUUGGUAAAAUACAACGAUGUCAUUUCUCCGCUCAAGCUUUACCACAACCUGAAAGUCAACCAAAAGUUCUUUAUUCCGGUAUUUUUAUUAACAACGAAUGGCACAAAUCACGAUCAGGGGAAACUUUCGAAACUUUAAACCCAUCAACGGGAGAAGUUAUCACGGAAGUUCAAAGGGGUUCAAAAGCUGAUGUAGAUGCCGCGGUAAAAGCAGCAAGUGAUGCUUUUAAAUUGGGAUCUCCGUGGCGAAAAAUGGACGCCUCUGAGAGAGGUCGUUUACUCUAUAAAUUAGCUGAUUUACUUGAAAGGGAUGCUACAUACGUUGCUAGUUUGGAGACUUUAGAUAACGGAAAACCUUACACGCUUUCUUAUCCGAUCGAUAUAGCUUCAUCAAUUAAAGUGUUAAGAUACAUGGCAGGGUGGGCAGAUAAAAAUCACGGAAAAACAAUUCCGAUGGAUGGAAAAUUUAUGUGUUACACCCGCCACGAACCGGUUGGAGUUUGUGGGCAAAUAAUCCCGUGGAAUUUCCCGUUAUUAAUGUUUGCGUGGAAAAUUGGGCCAGCUUUAGCCAUGGGGAAUACAGUCGUUUUAAAACCAGCGGAACAAACACCAUUAACCGCUUUAUACAUGGCACAAUUAGCUAAAGAAGCUGGUUUUCCAGCGGGCGUUUUAAACAUCGUCCCUGGAUUUGGCGAUGCGGGAGAAGCUUUAUGCAAAAAUACGAGUGUUGAUAAAAUUGCUUUUACCGGUUCAACGGAAGUUGGGAAAAAAAUUCAACAAGCCUCUGGAAUUGGAAAUUUAAAACGAACAACUUUAGAGUUAGGCGGGAAAAGUCCUAAUAUUAUUUUAGCCGAUGUUGAUAUUCCUUUCGCGGUCGAAAUGGCUCAUCAAGGAUUGUUUUUCAAUCAAGGUCAAGUUUGUUGCGCUGGAUCUAGGACCUUUGUGGAAGCAAAAAUUUACGAUGAAUUCGUUGAAAGAUCCGUUGAAAGAGCGAAAAAUCGUAUUGUUGGAGAUCCCUUUGAUUCCCGAACAGAACAAGGCCCCCAAGUCGAUCAAGAUCAAAUGAAUAAAAUCCUUUCAUUAAUCAAAUCAGGGGUUAAAGACGGCGCUAAACUUUUAACAGGAGGCGAAAGAUUAGGAGAUAAAGGCUAUUUCGUCCAACCAACCGUUUUUUCAAACGUCCAAGAUGAUCAUUUAAUCGCAAAAGAAGAGAUUUUUGGCCCUGUUCAACAAUUAAUGAGAUUCGAAAAAUUGGAUGAGAUAAUCGAACGCGCCAACAACACCAAUUACGGUUUAGCAGCGGCCGUUUUUUCGAAAGAUAUCGAUAAAAUUAAUUAUAUUACGCAAGGGAUUCGCGCGGGAACCGUUUGGGUGAAUUGUUACAACAUUUUCGGCCCACAAACGCCAUUUGGUGGAUAUAAAGAUUCAGGAUUUGGCAGGGAAAAUGGCGAAUAUGGUUUGAGCCAAUACACGGAAGUUAAAAAUAUUGUCGUUGCUGUUCCACAAAAGAAUUCUUAAUAUAAUAAUAUAUCAUAAAUAUAAUCGCCAUUUUUCACCAAUCAAGUUAUUUUUUGUAUGUUUCUUUUUUCUUUGUAUUGAAUAAAUAUAAUCCUAAUUCGAUUAUAACAAUA